AUGCUUGUGCCGCCGGCAAAUUUUGGAAUUGCUGAAGAAGGUAUCUAUCGUUGUUCCAAAGUAGAGACUUUGAAUCUUUCAUUUAUUGAAACUUUAAAUUUAAAGACUGUUAUAUUCAUUGGUGGUCAAGAACCAUCAAAAUUCUUCAAAGAAUCCUUCAACGAACAAUCUAUUAAAUGGUAUCUGAUUAGAAUGUCAGAUUUCUCUGCUGCCGGUAAACCCAUUAGUAGUGGUAACAAAAGCCCCAGUGUUGAGAAUCGAAAGGAUGACCACAAGAAACAUGCUUCACAUUCCAAAACUUCAUCUGUGGAUAGCACGAAGGGUGAUGAAAGUUAUCAUUUGACUGAUAGUGAUGAUUUAAUGCUAAUCAAAGGGUCUUGCAUUAAAAGUGCUUUCCAGCUCUUAUUGAAUAAGGAGAGGCAUAAUAUUUUAUUAGUUGAUAGAACAUCUAUUAUUGUUGGGGUAUUAAGAAAGAUUCAGAGAUGGAACAUUUCAUCAAUAAUUAACGAAUACAGAUUAUUCUCAGGGAAAAAUCGUAGUUAUUUUGCAGAGACAUUUUUGGAGAUUUUGCAAGUAAUCAUUGAACAGGAGAAAGAAGACGAUAGUAUGAUGGAAGAAAUGCAAGGUUUGGAAUUAGGAGAAAAUCAAGAUUCUUUGAAACGAUUGCAUGAUCACAGAAAGCUUUCCAAUGCUAUUGUUGUAUAUGAAGAAGAUUUGGAUAAGCCCAUUGAAGUACCUCCAAGGUUACUUCGUAUCGUUGAUGAAGCUGAAAAGAGAAGCCAAUUAUCAUCAUCUGCACAGGAUCCUAAUACAAACCCAAGCACAAUGACGAGAACCUCGUCAGAUCUGGGUAUAUUUGGGAAUCGCUACCGAUUAGCGUUCAACGGAAGAGAGCGUGGUUUCUACAAGUACUAUAACAAUUUUAAGCAAGACGGUAUGGAAGAUGCACUAACUUUACAAAUACCAAGGGAAUCAUUACUGCCAGAAUGGCUAAAAUUUCAAAGGGAUCUAUGGGAAAGAGAAAAUUCGUCCGAAGAGCAUACGUUUUACAAGGAAAGCAUAUUCAUAUGA